AGGAGGAGCUGCCUGAGGUGGAGGAGGAGGAGUUGUUGUCGUGGGAAUCCUUUAUGAAGGAUAACUACCUUCUCUCCUGCAGACAGCAGCAGAGCCAGAGCAUGGAGCAACGCAUCACAGACACCGCUGACAAGUACCUUAUUACUAUAUUUUGAUGAAGUGUUUUUUUUCUGCAAUACAUAACCAACCUGGCUACUACUCUGUUCCAACUGCAGUCCAACUGGUCUUGUCUGGCCUGUUGUUGAAUGCACAAACUGCCUGACACUUAGGCUUGAACAUCAGGACUUCUCCAGUGAUUCAGUGUGUCUUCCCCCCCAGGGUUGGCACCAUGACAGAUCUGCUACAGAGGGAGGAGGCCAAAGGGUCGGUUGCCAUAGUGAAGAGACUGACCCGACUGGAGGAGCAGGUGCUGACCCGCACAUCACUUUACCCAUCACUCUGACAUACUGUGUUUAUAAAGUCACAUUUGAAACACAUUCAGGACUAUUGUUAUCAUUUCUCCAGGUCUCCCAGUCAGCCAGAGCUCUCCAGUGGAUCAUGGACACCCUCAAAGCUCAGGGCCUACACUCUAAAGAGGACGCUCCACAGCUGGGUGAGGUCCUGAUUUCUGGAGUAGAACAUUAUUCCCCCUCUCACUGGAGUCUGUAACCGUAGAUACAGUAAAUACUGUAGAUCGAUAGCUGUAUUUUCAUCUUGUCCUCUGUAUGAUCUAUCUAGCCUCACCUGGUGAACUGAAGAGGUCUGAAAGUGAACCCAAUGAACCCCAUAGACAGGAGAAGUCAGAGAGAGAGAAGACGUUUUACCAUGUCAACGCCCGGCGUCUGGACUACCCUGACAGUACCAUCCCUCGCUUCCCUGUUGUUGAGGAGAAGGUGCCCUGGGAGGUGCCUGACUUAAAUGACCUAAUAGGAGAAGGUGCCCUGGGAGAUGCCUGACUAAUAUUAUAACUCCUAGAGGAGAAGGUGCCCUGGGAGAUGCCUGACUAAUAUUAUAACUCCUAGAGGAGAAGGUGCCCUGGGAGGUGCCUGACUAAUAUUAUAACUCCUAGAGGAGAAGGUGCCCUGGGAGGUGCCUGACUAAUAUUAUAACUCCUAGAGGAGAGGGUGCCCUGGGAGGUGCCUGACUAAUAUUAUAACUCCUAGAGGAGAAGGUGCCCUGGGAGAUGCCUGACUAAUAUUAUAACUCCUAGAGGAGAAGGUGCCCUGGGAGGUGCCUGACUAAUAUUAUAACUCCUAGAGGAGAAGGUGCCCUGGGAGGUGCCUGACUAAUAUUAUAACUCCUAGAGGAGAAGGUGCCCUGGGAGGUGCCUGACUAAUAUUAUAACUCCUAGAGGAGAGGGUGCCCUGGGAGAUGCCUGACUAAUAUUAUAACUCCUAGAGGAGAGGGUGCCCUGGGAGAUGCCUGACUAAUAUUAUAACUCCUAGAGGAGAAGGUGCCCUGGGAGAUGCCUGACUAAUAUUAUAACUCCUAGAGGAGAAGGUGCCCUGGGAGGUGCCUGACUAAUAUUAUAACUCCUAGAGGAGAGGGUGCCCUGGGAGAUGCCUGACUAAUAUUAUAACUCCUAGAGGAGAAGGUGCCCUGGGAGGUGCCUGACUAAUAUUAUAACUCCUAUAGGAGGAGGUGCCCUGGGAGAUGCCUGACUAAUAUUAUAUCUCACAGUAGAGUUACUAAGGCUGUGUUUGAAAUCACACCCUGUUCCUAUAGUUAACUUCUUUUGACCAGAGCCCAUAGCAGUAUGGCACUAUACAGGAAUAUGGUGCCAUUUCAGACACAGUUACUGCAGUUAAACAUCUCCAGAUGUUUCUAAUGUUCUUAUUGAAACCAUUAGAAACACGUAACAAUAUCAUCUCCUCUGUUCCAGGUUGACUUAAUCCUUUACAGUCCUCCUGUUCUGAACGGAGACAGCCAGGAACAGAUGGAUGGGUGAGUUGUUUAAGGAGUUCUGAACGGUGACAGCCAGGAACAGAUGGAUGGAUGAGUUGUUUAAGGAGUUCUGAAUGGUGACAGCCAGGAACAGAUGGAUGGAUGAGUUGAUUAAGGAGUUCUGAACGGUGACAGCCAGGAACAGAUGGAUGGAUGAGUUGUUUAAGGAGUUCUGAACGGUGACAGCCAGGAACAGAUGGAUGGAUGAGUUGUUUAAGGAGUUCUGAACGGUGACAGCCAGGAACAGAUGGAUGGAUGAGUUGAUUAAGGAGUUCUGAACGGUGACAGCCAGGAACAGAUGGAUGGAUGAGUUGUUUAAGGAGUUCUGAACGGUGACAGCCAGGAACAGAUGGAUGGAUGAGUUGUUUAAGGAGUUCUGAACGGUGACAGCCAGGAACAGAUGGAUGGAUGAGUUGUUUAAGGAGUUCUGAACGGUGACAGCCAGGAACAGAUGGAUGGAUGAGUUGUUUAAGGAGUUCUGAACGGUGACAGCCAGGAACAGAUGGAUGAGUGAGUUGUUUAAGGAGUUCUGAACGGUGACAGCCAGGAACAGAUGGAUGAGUGAGUUGUUUUAAGGAGUUCUGAACGGUGACAGCCAGGAACAGAUGGAUGGAUGAGUUGUUUAAGGAGUUCUGAACGGUGACAGCCAGGAACAGAUGGAUGGAUGAGUUGUUUAAGGAGUUCUGAACGGUGACAGCCAGGAACAGAUGGAUGGAUGAGUUGUUUAAGGAGUUCUGAACGGUGACAGCCAGGAACAGAUGGAUGGAGUGAGUUGUUUAAGGAGUUCUGAACGGUGACAGCCAGGAACAGAUGGAUGGAUGAGUUGUUUAAGGAGUUCUGAACGGUGACAGCCAGGAACAGAUGGAUGGAUGAGUUGUUUAAGGAGUUCUGAACGGUGACAGCCAGGAACAGAUGGAUGAGUGAGUUGUUUAAGGAGUUCUGAACGGUGACAGCCAGGAACAGAUGGAUGGAUGAGUUGUUUAAGGAGUUCUGAACGGUGACAGCCAGGAACAGAUGGAUGGAUGAGUUGUUUAAGGAGUUCUGAACGGUGACAGCCAGGAACAGAUGGAUGGAUGAGUUGUUUAAGGAGUUCUGAACGGUGACAGCCAGGAACAGAUGGAUGGAUGAGUUGAUUAAGGAGUUCUGAACGGUGACAGCCAGGAACAGAUGGAUGGAUGAGUUGUUUAAGGAGUUCUGAACGGUGACAGCCAGGAACAGAUGGAUGGAUGAGUUGUUUAAGGAGUUCUGAACGGUGACAGCCAGGAAACAGAUGGAUGGAUGAGUUGUUUAAGGAGUUCUGAACGGUGACAGCCAGGAACAGAUGGAUGGAUGAGUUGUUUAAGGAGUUCUGAACGGUGACAGCCAGGAACAGAUGGAUGGAUGAGUUGUUUAAGGAGUUCUGAACGGUGACAGCCAGGAACAGAUGGAUGGAUGAGUUGUUUAAGGAGUUCUGAACGGUGACAGCCAGGAACAGAUGGAUGGAUGAGUUGUUUAAGGAGUUCUGAACGGUGACAGCCAGGAACAGAUGGAUGGAUGAGUUGUUUAAGGAGUUCUGAACGGUGACAGCCAGGAACAGAUGGAUGGAUGAGUUGUUUAAGGAGUUCUGAACGGUGACAGCCAGGAACAGAUGGAUGGAUGAGUUGUUUAAGGAGUUCUGAACGGUGACAGCCAGGAACAGAUGGAUGGAUGAGUUGUUUAAGGAGUUCUGAACGGUGACAGCCAGGAACAGAUGGAUGAGUGAGUUGUUUAAGGAGUUCUGAACGGUGACAGCCAGGAACAGAUGGAUGAGUGAGUUGUUUAAGGAGUUCUGAACGGUGACAGCCAGGAACAGAUGGAUGGAUGAGUUGUUUGGGCCAGGAAGCGAUAGAUGAGGAGCCCACAGUGUAAUUCUUCCUCUGGGAUCACAGAGUGUCUGUUUUAUCCCAAUAUCCUUUCCUCAGAUCAGAACCUGAUUCUGUGAAGAGCUACAGGUAUGAAGACACCAAAUAACACUUAGAAACAGCUUAUAACCAUGUUUUAAUCAAUGUGUUUUGUUGUCUAAUAUCAGUCAUCUGUGUAGAAACCCAGGAGGCAGGACAGGCAUGAGAGGAAGAGGGGUACUGACCUGUCUGGGUCCAAACCUGAUCCUGGACCCUGUCCUCACA